UGGGAGACUAAACUUGAACAAAUUUUUAAUUGUCACAAUUAUUCUAAUCUUGAAAAAGUGCAGGUUGCUUCUAUUGAGUUCAAGGAGUAUGCCUUAGUUUGGUGGGAUCAAUUGACCAAAGAUAGAAGGAGGUAUGCAGAACGACCAAUUGAUACUUGGGAAGAGAUGAAAAGAAUCAUGAGGAUAAGGUUUGUUCCUUCCUAUUAUCAUAGGGAAUUGCACAACAAAUUACAAAGACUCACUCAAGGUUCUAAAAGUGUUGAAGAAUAUUUCAAGGAGAUGGAAGUUCUCAAAAUUAGAGCUAAUGUAGAGGAGGACGAUGAAGCAACUAUGGCUAGGUUUCUCCAUGGUCUAAAUCAUGACAUUAGUGACAUAGUGGAACUUCAUCACUAUGUUGAAAUGGAUGAAUUGGUACACCAAGCUAUCAAAGUGGAACAACAACUCAAAAGAAAGAGCCAAGCAAGGAGAAAUUCCACCACUUUCAAUUCUCAAAGUUGGAAGGACAAAACAAAGAAGGAGGGUGCUUCAUCAUCUAAGGAAGCCACGGUUGAAAACAAAGGUAAAACUAUUACAUCUUCUUUUUCAAGUGUUUCAACUAACAAAAGUGUUAAGUGUUUCAAGUGUCAAGGCCAAGGACAUAUUGCAUCUCAAUGUCCAACAAAGAGAACUAUGCUUAUGGAAGAAAAUGAAGAAAUUGUUGAAGAGGAGGAUGGUGAUUAUGAUGAGGAGUUUGAAGAAGAAAUACCUAGUGGAGAUUUACUCAUGGUGAGAAGAAUGUUGGGAAGCCAAAUAAAGGAGGAGGAUACAAGUCAAAGAGAAAACCUUUUUCAGACAAGAUGCUUUGUGCAAGGAAAGGUUUGUUCUUUAAUAAUUGAUGGAGGAAGUUGUACAAAUGUUGCAAGCACGCGUCUGGUUUCUAAACUAAAAUUGGAAACAAAACCUCACCCUAAGCCUUACAAACUCCAAUGGCUUAAUGAAAGUGUAGAAAUGCUUGUUAAUAAAUAA